AAUCUCAGAAGCUGACCAAGCAGCAAACAACCUCUGCGUGUGUUGCUCUGAAGUCAAUAACUCUCCUGCUGCCAUUUCCACAAAAGGCACAGACUGCUGGCGAGCUCAAAACUUAAUCAGAUAAACAAAUAGCACAAGUGGGAACCUGUUAGAGAUGAUUGUAAACAAGGAAAACAGGAACAUUUUAUUAAAAAAGGACAGUGAGGAUGAUUUAUUACCUACAAGAGGACCUUUGACAAAGCAGUUUGAGAUAAAACACCGGAAAGAAGAAUGAGAGAAAGAGAAAGACAGCAAACACAAGUGAGUAGGAAACUGUAUGUGGGAGGAGAGAGGAAAAAACACAGAGAGAGUGCAUGUGCCAGCCUGUUCCUGUGUGUCACGUGUGUAAUUUUAUGUUACUGCUGGUAACCAGGCAAGGAUGGACCUUGUCUCACCGGGAUAUGAGGAGGAGCCAUCUAAUCAGCAAUGAGUACAACUAGAGAAUAACACAAACGUCUGACAGAGACUGGAGCUCAGAGGACUCAGCCCCCCAACCAGAACGCAACCAAGCGACUGUUACAACCAAAUAUAGCUCGGAAGUACUGUACACUUCUCUGCUGCUGUUUAAGGACCUCUGUACGGAUUGUAGUCAGGCAUCUCCAGGGAGCAUUGGAGCCUAAUGGGAUUGAAAAUUUGCUUGUAUGCAAUUCUUACUGACUUAGAGUUGACUGCCUGAAUUGCCUGAAUGAAGGAGCUUAAACUGUGGUGGUGCUGAAACAACAGCGAAACAGGUUAUUAUGAGCCAGAUUGAAGGUAGAAAAUGUAGCUUCCUGUUGUGCCUGGGGAUUGUGGUGUGUUCUAUAAUUUAUUGGCUGACUAGAACUAAAUCUGUGGGAAAGCCUACAACCUCAGGACCUUUCCCAACUGAAUGUCAACCUUUCCUGUCUGGCACUGAGAAAGAAGAACAUUACUGUCAGAACGACAGACAGACCAACAGGCUGACAUUGCCCAAAGAUGUGCAAGGUUACAUUCACAGUGGCAGCCUGCAAUGUUCAAACUUGAUUACAGAACUGCACUUUAUCAACGCAACUCUAAGCUGUGAAGAAGAAAACUAUCCGUUGGCUUUCAUUGUUACUAUUCACAAAGAGCUAGAGAUUUUUGUCCGCAUGCUUCGAGCUAUUUACAUGCCACAAAAUGUUUACUGCAUACACGUGGAUGCUAAGGCCUCAAAGGAGUACCAGGAAGUCGUACAAAACCUUGUCAGCUGCUUUGAUAACGUAUUCCUCUCCAGCCGCAGUGAAAAAGUGACAUAUGCUGGAUUUUCACGCUUGCAAGCCGACUUAAACUGUAUGAAGGAUCUCAUGGCGUCUCCGAAAGCCUGGAGGAAAGUAAUAAAUUUGUGCGGACAGGAUUUCCCUAUCAUGAGCAACCUGGAGCUGGUGCAGUACAUGCAAAGCAAAGAAUGGAGAGACAAAAACAUGACACCUGGGGUCAAACAGCCAGCCACUAUGAAGCACAGAACACAAUUUCAGCAUCAGGAGAUUGUGGGGUCACAUGUUGCCCCAAGGGUGCCAAGACAUUUUAAAGGUCAUCCUCCUUACAAUCUCAAAAUUUAUUUUGGAACGGCAUACUAUGCUCUCACAAGGGAUUUUGUGGACUUUGUUCUGAAGAACAAAAUAGCCAAUGACUUCCUGGAGUGGUCCAAAGACACAUUCAGUCCGGAUGAGCACUACUGGGUGACACUCAACCACAUAAAAGAAGCUCCAGGGAGUCGCAUAGAUGGAGGUUGGGAAGGAGCCAUCCGGGCAAUCAAGUGGAGGGACCAAGAAGGAAAGGCACACAAUGGUUGCAAAGGGCAUUAUUUACGGGACAUCUGUGUCUUUGGGGUGGAAGAUGUUCCAUGGAUCAUUGAGAAAAAAGGCAUGUUUGCCAACAAGUUUGAGAGUAAUACAUCUCCAGAGGCACUAGAUUGUCUGGAAGAGUGGCACAGAAACAAAGUUCUGAACCAUGCAACUGUUCCCAUAGAUCCAUCGUGGUUGCUGCACUCACAGAUUAACUCAAACAGUUCACUUCUGAAACAGCAGUCUUAAAAUUGCUGAUUGAGCUAAUAAAUCUGAGUAAAAAGGCUGUCUAUGUCAAAUGUCACUCCAGAGAACUGAGUUGUGAAACCAGCAUGACUGCACUAUUUCUUAAACUUAUUACAUUUAGCUGUGAUUGUUUAAUGUCCAUACUACUUACAUAUUUUUAUCACACAAAGUGUUGAAAAAAUAAAUUGUUUUAUUUCAAAUUGUUUAGUUUCAUAUUAUGCAACUUAAAAGGGACCUUUUGACCUUUAUUUAUUGUUUUGAUAUUCAAUAUUCUGCAAGAUGUAAAAGAAAAUAAAAGAAAUUUGCAAAAAC